AUGAACUACAAUAGUCCUGUGAAUCACAUUGAUGCUGUACAGCGCAUUACGCAACGCAUUGAUGCGAUUGGUGAGCGUGAUCCAGGUAUUGUCAUGGGACUGUCGUGGUAUUAUAUCAAGCUCAUUCUACUCACGGGCUUUGGUUGGGCUAUGGACUCGAUGGAGACCUUUAUCUUUACUUACUGUGCUGCUCUAAUUCGAGAGGAUAUCCCACAAAGUUCACACGAGGCCUCAUUCCUAGGCGGUGCUGUCUUUGUUGGGUCUUUUAUUGGGUCUUUUCCCUUUGGCACAUUGGCCGACAUGUACGGACGCCGUCCUAUAUUCAUGCUCACGCUUGUACUCUUCCUCAGUGGCCUCUGCUUCUGCGCACUGAGCUGGAACGUCACAUCCAUCACAUGCGCGCGCAUUAUCUCAGGUAUUGGUCUAGGUGGAGAGCUGCCCGUUGCGUCCACGCUCGUACAGGAGCUUUCCCCGAAGAAGACGCGCGGCAAAAUUAUUGUCCUGCUUGAAUCUUUUUGGGCCAUUGGUUGCAUGAUGGCCGUCGUCAUGGCCUUUGGUGCAGCACCCAGGAUUGGUUGGCGCGAGACUUUCUUUAUCUGCUGCGCUCCCGUGCUAUACGCUAUUGUGAUCCGUCUGUAUAUCCCGGAGUCGCCAAAGUGGCUCGCCAGCGUUGGUCGUUACGAUGAGGCCGUUGCUAUCGUUGAGUCGAUCGAGCGCGCCCACGGUCUGGAACCAUACGACCCCAAGUCGGAGAACGAUAGCACCGAGGUGCAGUCAAUUCCCCAGCUUCCUGAUUCCCACAUCAAGCGCGUUGGCAUGCUGUUUCAGCGCCAGUUUCGCGUGCGCACUACUGUUCUGUGGACGCUCUGGUUUAUUAUCUCAAUGUCGUACUAUGCCAUCUUCAUCUACUUGCCCAACCUGAUUUCUCUCAAGGGCUACGACAUGAACGGUCAAUGGGAGACUAUACUCAUCAUUACAGCUUUCCAGCUUCCAGGCUACUUUGCUGCUGCGUGUCUAGUAGAAGUCAUUGGCCGCAAGCAAACGCUCGUUCUUUUCCUUAUUGGUGCCUUUGCGUCCGCUAUUACUAUGGGUUAUGUCAACGCGACUAAGACGCUUGUGACAGUAACGGGAUCGUUUACGUCCUUUUUCAUGCUUGGUGCGUGGGGCUGUGUGUACGCAUACACUCCCGAGAACUAUCCAACAGCCAUCCGUGGCAUGGGUGCAGCGUAUCCGUCCGGUUUCAGCCGCAUUGGGUCUUUCAGUGGUCCGUACCUCUGCGCCUCCAUGUUUGGUGAUUGGAAUGUAUCUUUGCAAGGUAUCAUGUGGGUAUUUGGAGGACUGCUUAUGGUAGUUUCUGCCAUUGUAUUAAUCUUCGGCUAUGAACCUCGUGGCAAGAAUAUUGAAUUAUACGACGAUAAUCACAAUGAAAAGUCCAUUAUCUUUGAGGCCAUUAAAACGCCCGAGUAA